AUGCGCAGCGGUGCGCAGCCAAUAUCAAAUCUUAAAGAACCCCUCGAAAGCCUAUCCCAAGCAACUUUUUUCUCUUUCUAUUUCCAUUCGGACCCUGCGCAAAACGGCACAAACACAUCACAUCACACAUGAGAUGACGUCGGCGGCGAACUCCGAAGAAGAAUAAAAAGGGCCCGAGGGCAUUGGCGAUGUCGCGGUGCGGCUCGCGUCGCGGCAUCGAUCUCCUUGGAAGGGGGGCGGUCUGGCGAUUGGCGAGGACGGCCGGAGCUCGAGCUCAUUUGACUCGAACAUGCCGAGCCUACAGCAUGGGAGCUACUCCCAUGCCCCUGGUCACGGUUGGUUUUUCCUUUUUUGACCGUCUUCUUAAGAUUUUGAAGGGUUUGAGGUUACGGUAAUGUGAACGGUUUCUCGAAGAAAAAAAACAUGAAUUUUUGGGAUUUUCACAUUCUCUGUGCUUCAAAAAUUGCUAAAAAUGUUCUGUUGUUUUUCAUUAUUUAUAAAUGUUUCGAGGUUCUGAUGGUUUCGAACUUACUGUAAAUUACGAUAAUCUCAUAAAGGAUAGGAUUUUUCGAGUUGCUCGGCUUGAAUUUCUCUCUUUAUGUGUUUUGGAGUCGCCAAAAAAAUUUUUUUUGUAGUUUUUUGAGGUCCUAUUGUAAUUGGAUUUACUGUGGGUUAUGAGAUUUACAAAAAAAAUCUGAAUUAAAAUCUGAAAUUCCGCUUCAGUUUUCAUCACUUGCUGAUGCUUCUAUAUUUAAAAAAAAAGUCAGUUUUUCACGUUUUGCUCCACCAAUUUUUCAUAAUUUCGUUUUACCCAAGAAUUUUUUUGAGUUUCUUAGUUCUACUGAAUUUUUUUUACUUUGUCGAGUUUGCUUAUUUUGUGUGAAAUUUGGCGUUUUCGCUUUUAAAAAUACGUUUUUGGUUUUGGAUUCGGCUUCGAAAGAGCCGAAAAGUUUAAGAAAAAAAGCAUUUCGAGUUUCUCAGUGAUCAGCAUUUUAUAUUUUUAUUCGGUAAGGUAUUUCAAGAUAAAUUUGAAAAAAAGUUUUAUUUCUGGCCUGAAACCAUUUAUUAUAUCCAGUUUUCAAUGAUUUAUUUUUCUAUUUGAGGGCUCUCAUAGUAACUUUUUUUGCGCUUAAUAUAUAUGUAUAUGACUCACUUUUCUGAACAAAUUACUACGUUUUUUCUCUUGAUUCUCUUUUUUUUCUUGAUGAGAAUGCCCUUUGAAGGAUUAUGGUAGCUUUUUUUUUCUUGACCUUUUCCGAUGCAAUUCAAUUCUCACCUUUUUGAUUCCUUGGUUUAUACCGUAGACUUUCAGUUUCUUUUCUCCUUUUUUUCAGGAAAUGAAGCCAAUAAAAAGAAAAUUUUCUUGUCUAGACUUGAUUGGAAAAAAGGAGAAUGAGAAGAAUAGUUUUAUGGUUCUUGGAAUAGAAAAUUUUUGUGCUUACGUGAAUAAUUCAGAGUCGAGUUGUACUUUUAGUUCGUGUUCUCGUUGUUUUGAGGAGAAUAAGUGGCUUACGGUGGUGACUUUUAUUAGCGUUUCAGAACUUUUUUCGAUAUGGAAUGGUUUCAUUUUAAUAGAAACUUUAAAGGCACAGUGAGCUUUUUGAAAAAAGAUCUUGCAAAGAUUAGCAAACAGACCUUUUUUGUGACAAGCUUGUCACAAAUCGAGUAGCGAGCUUGCUUUCAGCUAAAAUUACUUCAGAACAAAAUUUUCACUCACACAUCUAAAAAUAGAAAGUUCUUCACUAAACCUCAAUGUGAACUUUCUAUGCUCCUUCGCAUACUUUUGAGUUGAAAAGUUUAUCUUUGUACGAAAUUCCAACUUUUCUUGGGAAAUAAGUACUAAAACAACCAAUUUUGAAAACCUUCUUUUUCGGAACACCAUAUUUGUUGUCUUCAUUUUUUCGCUUCGAGUCGAACGCGGCGUAUUUAAUUUCACCUCUAGCUGCGUGGGCUUUUUCCAAUUUAUUAUUUGGUUCUUCCCGAAAUUGGCACGUUCUCAACCUAGAAUUCAACACGAAUUUAUCGCCAUACACGUGAGACGUGAUGAUUAGACCUGGCUUGAAAAAGAGAAAAAUUGCCGUGUUUUCUUGGAAAAUACACCAUAAAUCGGCGUGGUUUAGUGCGUCACACGUUUCCCAGCUGAAUACCAGGGUUUUGUCUCGUUUGACAACGUUUCUGAGUCAUUCAAUUAUACAGAUCUUGAGAUACUAAUUAGUGUGGGAAUUUUUAGAACUUCCUGACCUCAGUGGUAUUUUUCGUGUCAUUAGGACCUUUUUCUGAGAGAAUCUUAAUUUUUUUUUUUCAAAAAUUCCAUCAAAGAUAAAUGUAGCGUUUUGCAAUUUGUAUGGAGCUGCUCGGACACAAAACAUUGUGUUGAGCCACUUUUUCUGCGAAAAUCACAGAAAAAUGUUAUUGGGAAUACAAAAUAAAGUUCCAAACAACUCAGAACAGAGUCGAAGAAUUGCUUGGAAACACUCGGAAGCUAGCAAAAUUCCUAAGUUUUAAGAGUUAAAAAAUGCGAAAUGGUUUGAGUUUAAUGAGAAAUCUUCGAAAAAUGGUCACCCAGAAAAAGAAAUGAGUGCCAAACUGCUUGAAGGAUCUUUCUGUAAAAAUGAAAGUACUUAUAUUUUCUAUACUGUAGUUAAAAUAUUCAGAAUUCAGUUUAUCCGGCAAAAACCGUGCAAAAAUUUAACUUCUUAUAUAAAAGUUCAAACUUAAUUACUUAGAACUAGGUCUUAACUGCACUCUCAAUAACAUAGGAGUACUGAAAAAUGUACAUUUAUCGAAAAAAAAAAAGGCAAACGAACAGUUUCAGAACUUGCAUCGUUGUUUCUCUAAUAAAACUGCUAAGUUAAUUGAUGUAGAAAUAUUGGUCACAAAGUGCUCAAAAGAACGUUCCAUAGAAUAACCAAGUAUUAUCAUGACUUCCUCAAAAGGGAAUGAGAAUCAACGAUUUCAGAAUGGUUGUUCGUCGGCCUCGGGGGCGCGAUGGGACUCGUCGGCCUUGUCGCCGUCGCUGCACUUCUGGCCGUCAGAAAACGGCGCCAGUAUCCCUCACUUUUACUUCCGCCUAAGCAGGUAUUCCGAAACGGCAAAGUCAAAUUUAAUUUCCACGUGAAACGUAAAGAAUGACAUUUAUAUGCUCUUUUACUCUAUUCCGGUUGCCUAGAGACGGAGAAAAUCACAUUUUUGAUGAAAAAAGACUCUGAUUUGAAAGUGUGUUGGGAAAUUCGAAUGUUUCAAUGCAAGGGAAUUUUAGAAUUUGUCGAAAAUUUGAGGCUCUUUUAUGAAAAUAGUCAGGUAAAAAAGCUUUUUGAAUCAUAAAAUAUGAUUCAAAAAGUUUUUUCCCCAAAUUAAGCUUUGAAGUUUUGAAAUAAGUAAAAAUUCUUGACACGAAAAAGAGAAACGUAUAUAUUUUUUUCAUAAUUAUAACCAGGUUUCUAAGUCUUUCCAUGAAAAAGAGCUUUGACAUUUUGCAGAAUGAAAAAAAACUUUAAAUCUUUAAUGUUUGAUGUCUAGAAAUGACAAUAUUUCUUUGUAAAGAACUUGCGUUUGCAGAUUUACCUUGAAAAAAAUUCAAAAUUUUGCACUAUUCCUUUUUCUUCCACAAAUAUCCGUUGGAAAUUCAAUUUGCGAGGUUUUUUUCCAGACGUUUGCGUAUGUUGGAAUUUAAUUAUAACGGUCGUGAACAUCUGUUUUUGACGUUCUGAAAAAGGAUGACAAAAAAAAAGUUCUGAGUUGGUCAAAGAUCACAGAAAAUAGGAGAAAGGCUUUUUUUCUGUCUUUUGAGCUUUUACUUCUGUUAAAGCUAACUAAAAUCUUAUAGGACGUGGUAUUGAGGUUUCAAAAAAGUAUGAAAAAAAUGAAUAUUUACGCCAGAAUGAUGUUUGUUGAGAUCGUAGUUUUAAAAAGUUGUGAAAAGGAAAAAUGCACUUUUUCGAUUUUUUUUUUCGUUCCAUGUAGCGGUAAUUAAGAUUUAAUGACAAGAUAUCUAGAAAAAUUAGUAAACUGGAAAAAAAUAAUUAUUAAAUUAUAGUCAUUUUGAAGGUUUAUUUUUCUAGUAAAACUUUCAGGAAUCGUUUUGAUAACUCUUAGACCUAAUUUUCAAAAAUUAUUCAUACGCUUUAAUUUUUAUUGUUACAAGUAAACAUUAGAGCAGAGCAUUGUAUCUAAAAUCAGUGAGAAAAGGGAUUCUUUUAAUUGUGUCAAAUUUAAACCAGAAGAAAAAAAUUCGAGGAAAAAUGGUUUUAUCAAAGAUUUUCCACAGAUCAGCUGUCAGAUUUGAACUGUAGAAAAAUGAUGAAGGUGUUUUUAUCUCGUUUUAUGCUCCCAAAUCUUUUUUUUUCAACCAUGGAUCUAAAAAGAGUACUAAGAUGAUGGAUGUCGAAAAUUUUUCACUAAAAAGACGCCAAAAGAACUUCCGAGCAGCUCUUUUUUGAGAUUUUUUUAGCAAACAUCAGCUAUUUUUUGAAAUGUUGACGAAAAGCUAGGUAUUGAAAAUUAAAAAGAUGCAAAAAGAUUUUUCAUAUCCAUUUUAAACGAAUUCAAAAAACUGCUUCCGGUUGAAAAAAGUAUUAACCUUUAUUUCAAGGUAAUCGCUGUGCGAAGUGGGCUUCCAAAAGGUCCUGGAGGCUUGAAACAAACGCCGUCGCCCCUACAGUCGCCACUUUCUACCGACAGCACCCCGUCGCCCAUCGUUCCUUUCCACGCCCUUCUUGAGGACCGAACUAGGAAGGUUCACAGUGAAAUCAGAUAAUUUAAAAAUUAAAAAAAAGUCAAUUUUAAAACGAAUUUGAGAUUUUUUAUUGGGAAAAGUAUUUUUGAAAGCGUUAAAUUAAAGAAUUUUUUCUUUUUCUGAAGCAUGAUAUGUUUAUUGUUCAUUAUACAAAUCUUGAAAGUAUGCAUUUUGAAUUUCGAAGAACUUCAAUUUCUUUUUGGUGGUAUGAAAAAAACACCAGCGAAAAAUUCAAACGGUGACUUUUCCGAUUUUUUUCAUAUCGCUAGGGGAACUUUCCGACGGCCACCUUUCCGACGAAUCCCUUUCCGACUUUUUUUCUCGAUAUAAUCUUCGUUCUAAAUCUGCCUAUAUAAAGUAGGUAGUUGGUUUAUGAUUAAAACACAAAGAAAUAGGAAAAAAAUAUUUAUAGAUGUUUUAUAAACUGAAAAAAAUAUAAAGGAAAAAAAGUCGGAAAGAGAUCCGUCGGAAAGUUCGCUAGCGAUAUGAAAAAAUCGGAAAAGUCGCCGUUUGAAUUUUUGCUGGUGUUUUUUUCAUACCACCUCCAAAAACUAGAAAAAAACUUGGGCGCUUUAUCAAUAUCGGAGCAUCCGUCAAGUAAAGAAGUGUUCUAUUAAAUGAUAUUCACAACAAAAUUCAUCUUUUGUUUUAUUUGCAGCUUUCGCCUUCGGAAUUGCCCGUUGAGCGCGGAACGAUUUCUUUCACGCUGAGCUAUGAUCCCGUCAGCUUGGCUCUUCAGGUUCUUCUUCUUCUAUUCUUCCAAAAGACCUCAAAAAAGAGCAAAACAAAAUGAUGGAAAAUUGAGAUAAAAUGAAAAAAGGUUUGCUUGGAAGCAAAAUUUUCCUGAUUAUGAAAUGAAACGAAAUGUUUAUUGUUCGCUCACAGACAGAUCUGCUUUAUCAUUUUCUGAAUUUUGGCUGGCCAAGGCAAAAAAAUGUCUUAAAUAGAAUACUAUCUUUUUUACAAUUAGAAAAAUGAUUAAAAAUUAAAAAAUUAGAGGAGCACAGGAAUAACAAUACACGGGAAUGAGCCUUUGGCUGCGGACUGCCGAAUCUCAAAAACCAUAGGAAAAAAAAGAGAGAAGCUGCAAUUACAUGGUUGUUUUCCGUCCAUCAAAGUAGAGAGAGGAACUUAAUUGACCCAUCAUUUUAAAAAAAUAGGUUUUUCAUUUUUUUAUGAUGUGGGUUUCGUUUUUUUGGUUAUGAGGAGAGCUUUAGGGGGAAAAUGGGAGAAAUUUCAUUUUUUUACAUGGGAUGAGCAUGACUGGCGACAGCCAAGUCCCCCACUUAAUGCUAAUCGCCCGCCGCCCCCCCAUGCUCGAAAAAAAUUUUUUUUUGUCAAUAGAUCAAAUUACAGGCUGACGCCGUAGGAUGGGAAAAGUUCUUUUUUUCUAUCACUUUUGACUAACCAAGAAAAAAAGAAAAAUGCUUCUGCCAAUCAAUUGAACUUUAAAAAAAUGAGCAGUUAAUAAUUUUUUUGUACCUUAUUUUUUUGUUGUUAUUUUUCGGAUUCAGCAUCAUCGAAUUAGUCGAGAUCGAUCCUUUAAUAUCAGCUAGUGGAUGAAUAGGCCAGAGAGUGACUAGUAGGUCUCGCUCAGUACUUCAAGGCUGGCGCGCGCCGGUCUCCGGUACCAAGUCAUUCUCUGGAGCCUAUUCAUCCACUAGUUGACAUUGAAAGGUCGAAUCUGACUAAUUUGAUGGUGCUGAAUCCGAAAAUAAAAAGCGUUUUUUUUCCGAUGACUUUUAACUGAGAAAAAAAAAUCGCUUCUGCGAGUCAGUUGAACUUUAAAAAAUGAGUUUUUUAUUAUUUUUUUUAUAAGAUCGGACUAGCGCCGUCCAGCGCGCACCCUAAAAAAAUUUGUUUACGGUUUUUACCAACUCCCCCCCACCUUUUUACCAAGUCCCCUCCCUUUUUUUCAGGUCCCACCGAGACUAUCCCAUGUAUGUGUCGCUUUAUCAAACUUCGUUUUGAAAUUGUGUAUUAUUUGAUUAAUUUUCACAUUCUUUUUCACAAUUAUCGCUCUUCAUACUGCUUAUAUUCAUUUACUUUAGAAAUCUCCAGUUUUACGCAUUUUCCAUUAAAAUUAACUGAUUGUUUGGCUCGAGCUAGCGAUAAAACAAUAAAAAACAACUAUAAAAAACAACUAUAAAUCACACCUUUUCUUAUUUCCGUUUUUCUGUCGGUCGGCCCAAUAUACAGUAUCCUCUGCUUUUUUUUUUUUCAUGAAGCUAAGAUCCGUUUCAAUGUGUCAAGAAAAAGCCGUCGUCGCUUCAAAUUCCCUUUUUUUUCCUCCCAAAUUUCAUUUUUUACGACUCAAGCGAACGACGCUCCCAGCAGAAGCUUAACAACGUAAUUUUUCAUCCCCAUUUCUGUUUGGCGGCUUUUUUUUUGGCUCGAAAUAUGAGGGUGUAAAGAAGGAAAUUACGAUUCUCAUCAAAGUGUUGAUGGGUUCUCGCCGUUUUUUAGGCUUUUUAACGAAUUUUUUGUUUCGAAACGGAUGAAAUAGUCAUUUUCCAUGUUGUGGUUAGCUUUAGGUAUGAGAAGGAUAUAAGAAGAGAAGCAUAAAGUGAAAAUUGAAAAAGAAGUUCCUAUGAAAAAUUUUAAAAGGUUCAUCUUUUUUUCAUGGGUUGGCAGCAACAAAUUUCGAUUCUUUUAGAUUUUAGAUUUUAUUUUUCCUAGGUUUGAUGACUUCUUUUUGUGUAAAAACUUUAUUUGAAAAGAAGAUUCCGAUUAUUUUUCCCUAUUUUGCUGAAGUUCUAUUCUCCCCUCAGAACUUAAAGGAACCCUAAUUUGAUACUAAAUGUCCAUUAUUAGAAGCUCACGAGAAAAUUAAUUGAAUGUUCUUUUUUCAUGCAUGACGUCGGAGAAUGUUAAUAGAAUUUUCUUUUUUUUUGUUUCUGGCUUUCUGAGGAUUUUUCACGAAAACAGCGUAUGAAAAGAGCUCAUUUUUUCGAAUAAAAUAGAAAAAGAACAUUUCUUUUUCCAGGUCGGCGUCGUGAACUGCCGACAAUUGUGCGAGUUGGUCGUCUCCCGCGACGGCCAGUGUCUUCUCGACCCCUAUGUCAAGCUUCAGCUUCUACCUGGUGAUUUUCGAAAGAUACAGAUUGAUUCAGAAACGUGUAGUUGAAAGAGUGGAAAGCAUGGUCUUACGGUCCUUCGCCUCGUUCUGCUUUGCGUAGAGUAUCUGCGCGUAGCGCCUUGACGACCUCAGAAUGUAGCGGAUGUUGUUGUGGAGCCCGGAGACUGUACUCUAGGUGGAAGCCUCGGAAUGAGAGCAACCACUUCGAGUAAACUUUGCACGGAAUUGUGUUCAAAUCUUUCUUGGGCCUUAUUUAAGUUGAGGGCAUAUGGGCAUGGGCAUUGAACGGCGUCGAAAGGAACAUACUGACAUAAUUUUCAAAAUUCCGCAGGGAAAAGCCCUUUUCAAAUGCUCUUUUUGAGUUUUCAGUUACCUCUGCACCUUUAAACAUCACAUGAGAAAACUUUCAAUAUAUUAUGACGAUUUUGAGAAUAGACAAAUAAUUUCUCAAUUUUAGACCGCGAGCAUCGCGUCAAGACCCGAAUAGUGAGGGCGACAACGAGCCCACAAUACGACGAGCAGUUCACCAUGUACGGUGUCACCAAUGAGCAGAUGAACAUGAGUACUUUGCAUUUCCAGGUAGUUGAAGGGGUCACAAAACAACUCUAAAAAGUUCGGGACAAAGUUUUGAAAAUUUCGUAGGAGAUCGUCGCAAAAAGUAUCGCAAAAAAAAGUAGAUACUGCAAGUAAGUCGCUAAAAAUUUGGUUUUGAUUCUUUAUCGGGCCUUCCGUUAAGGUGAGGAUUUGAAAGGCUCGAGAAAAACAACAAAAGGAUAAAUGUAGACCGAUAAAAGGACACGAAAAGGCAGAUAAAUUAACCAAUGAGACAUUACCGACACAGUCUCAUUGAACUUUAAAUCUCCAGGUUGUCGCCUUCGACCGCUACAGUCGAGAUACGGUAGUCGGCGAGUGUGUCUACAGACUGGCGGAAGCUGAGCUCAUGCUCCAUCAGGAAAUGAGGUAAAAAAGAAGCGAUGGAGAAAGAUUGCUUUGUAUUUUUGCAGAGUGGAACUUCCGCUGUUGCCACGCGCGACUGACAGCGUCGCGGCUCGCGGCGAACUGCUCCUGUCGCUGACUUAUCAGCCGGCUUUCAACAACCUGACCGUCGUCGUUUUGAAGGCCAGGGGUCUCAGCAAGAACGACGCCGGCACGGCUGGUCAGUAGAAAAACUCAUCAGUCAUUUUUCUGCAUUCUUCUCUAGCUCCGUUUGCGCCAGCUGUCACCAUUUUUUUUUCCUCCGAGUCGUGAAUUUUUCCUUCGAAAAAGCCCGCCUUAUUUCCCUGCAUGCUCCUUUAAUUUAGCUUAAAAAUUUGUGUUAUACUAAAAGCUCAUGCUCAUAGAAUCGAAGAAACUUGUUCUAAAGCUCAGAAAAAAUAGUUCAACAAGCUGGCGCGGAUUCUCUUCAAAUCUUGACGGUCAUUGGCUCAAAAAUUUUGGAGUCUUUUUUUUUCAAAAAAUCCACUUAAAGCUACUAUAUUAGAAAAUUCUACUCAAAAAAAAAAACUCAACUGUUUUUAGAGCUUUGCCUAGUCUCUAACUAGAAAUUUGUAUUGUUCUUUUUGGACAUUGAUAUCGAAGCCUCUUUUGUUUUUUGAAAAAUUUUAGUCGUUGGUUCAUCCGCCGUAAAGUAUAAUUCGUUAAGCCUUCAUUUUUGCUAGCCUUUAAGCUUCGCGUGAAAAAAGAAGGUGAAACCCUCUUCCUGAAGCCGGAAAACGGUCGUUAGUCUUCUCGCCUUUGCAUAUCCCUUCUUAAAUAAAUAAAUCCUGAACCGGCGAUUAAUCUCUGUGGGUUCCAAACAUCUAGUUUUCUAUAGUAUAUUCAGAAAUCCUUGCCAAACUCUGAAAACUACUAUUUUUCUUGAAAUCGUUUUGAAAAAGUGGUCACGCUCCUUCAAGUAUCGGAAAGAUUUUUAAAAUUUUUAAUCGAGAAAGUUCAAGUCAAAACCUUCUUACUAUAAAAAAAUGACCUAGGAUAACUAUGAAUUUACUUUUUCAUUCAUCUCAGUGCUUUUUUUCUACGAAACUUACCGAUCUUUUUGGAUUUAAAGAAACUAUUUUUUUGAAAUUUUUAGACCCCUACGUGAAGCUCUACCUACGAAAAGAGUCUGGAGAACGGAUCGUCAAAAAGAAAACCCACGUUCGAAGAGCCACUCUCAAUCCCGUGUACAAUGAAUCUUUCGUUUUCGAGCUUCCUGAUUCCAAACUCGACACCGCCGUCAUCGACCUACAGGUGGGGAAAAUUGCCAAAAAAAAAAUCAGUUUUUUUUUAUUUUGAAUGGUUGACAUACUGCACAGAUUUCAAAAAAAAAUACCUCACUCACUAGGGAACUACUCGGACUCGGGUACGCGUUUGGAGUUGAAACUCUGGUGGCUUAUAGACCCGGGUAAGAGUACUUGGAAACAAGAGAGAUUAUCUGCUAAACCCCAAAGGCUUCUGAGAAAAAUCUUUUUGAAAAUGAACAGUUCAGGCUUGAAAAUUAUCAAAUUUCUGUUUUCCUCCUUCUUGUUGGCUGGAAAUCAGUUUUUUAGAGUUUAUGAUAGCCGGAUCAUUCAAGACGAUUGUAUUAGAAUAUGAAGCAGUAUUCUGAAAAUUUUCAGGUCUAAUUUUCACAUUUUCUUCUAAUUUUUUUUCAGUUCUCUAUCGCGUUUAGUAGAUAUUCGUUCUUGUUUUCAAGUGUUCUGACUUGGGUCUAUAAACCACUAAAGUUUCAACUCGAAACCCGUACCCGAGUCCGAGUAGUUUUCUAGUCAGAAGUUUAAAAGGGCAUGGAAAUUUUCCGUUUUCAAUGUUCAAAAAAGAAUGUUGAGAGGAGAAGAUCUGAAAAAUUGACAUGUAAAUGAAAAAUCUCGAGGAAGAUACGAAAACAAAGACAACAGGGCUUUGAAAAUAGAAAUUCUUCUUAUAAAAACUUUAUUGAGUGCUUGAACACUCACAAGGGAGAUCAAUUUACUUUGCGGUUUCGAAUUUUCUUCAAAUUUGUUCAAGAACUCUCUGGAGAUAUAUAUGAAGAUCCCUCCUAGUCGCUACCACACUAAGAAUAACUGCCGAGAUAAACGCGAGACACUGGCGGUACAUUGACGAGCUCGCAAACAUCUCGCAUUUUUUCUCGCGCCGGUUUCGCAUUUGUUUGGGCGCGAGCUCGCAUUUCUCUCGCAAUUUGAAAAUUUCCGAAAUGCAAGAUAAAUGCGAGAUGGCGCCGAGAAAAAUGCGAGGUCGCGCCGAGAGAAAUGCGGGAUCGCGCCUAGAAAAAAGCGACAUUUUUGCGAGUUAGUCAAUGUACCGCCACCGAGCUCGCAUUUAUCUCGUCAGUUAUUCUUAGUGCAUUAGUCCUAACUUUUCGACCUUCAAAAUGAAUCAUCUUAAAAAAUAAAAGCUGGCGCCGGAUGCAUCUUUGAUGGAUCGUAAUAUAAACCUUCAAAGACCAUUUUAUGCGAAUUUGUAGAAAAUUCUGAGUCGCAAAUUAAAAUGACCUCCUCGUGGCUUUCCCCAAGAAUAUAACUUUAUAUUGAACGAGAAUCAAUUCAAGUCCCUUAUCAAGCUUUUGAGAACUACACAAAGAUGUUUUUGAAUUAUAUAUUUAUUGGUGAUUAUAUCUAAUUUCAAAAAUUAGGAGUCUUUGAAAGCUACAUGAACCUGUAAUUCCCUUAAACUUGGGGUGUUUUAAAAAUGGAAUAAUCCGACGUUACCAACAUGUUUGAUUUUCAGCAUAAAAGUAUAACCAUUCGAUCCGUCUCAUUGAGAUACGUACGAAAAUCAUAAAAUUAUUGGGCGCUAGUAAGGAGAAAUAAAUUUAUGGUGUGCGAAAACCAGAAAAAAACUCCAGAAAUGUCAAAAAUUUCGCUGCAUUUUUCGACGCGAUUCAAUUCAACUAUCGCUACUACGCCAUGAGAAGAAAAAAUCUUUUGCCGUGUUCAAAGUAAUUUCCGCGAAAUGCAAAAUGGUCUCUGACCCUCCAAAAAUUAGUUAUCUUUCUCUUUCUCUGACGGCUAUUUUGAAUUUCGCGGAAUCACUUUGAACACGGCAUUUUAAAAUAAGAAAAAAAUUGAAAAUUAUACGAAAAAAACAAUGCAAAAUAAGAAAAAAAUGAGAAAUCACAGUAAAAAUAACCGACCGCGUUGGAGCCCACGCUUACGCACAGUAUGCUCCUUUAAUAUUUUUUCUUUCUUUUUUUUUGGGAAAUACAUUUUUACAGAUUUUUUUGCUACUCGUAUCAAGUUGCAAAUCGUUUAUAGCUACCUGAUAGUUUUUUUUAGUGCCCACGUUUUGAAACUACAUGUCUUUUUAUGUCAGGUAUUCAUUUAUUUGACGAAUUGUUCACUGUGGCUCAGUUUUUUCGAAGCGAGCCACAGUCGGCUUCGCGCUAUGCGCGCUCCGCCUCCGUGUGAAGCCUCAAAGCUAAGCCUAUUUUCUCAAGUAAUGCAUGAAAAGAAAAACCAAACACUUCUAUUCCUCAGAAUAAUCAACUGAUUGAAAACUAAUAAAGUUCAUCUUGAAUUUUUCUAAGUGGUCAGCGCCGAAUAAUUUUAUGAUAUUCGUACGUAUCUCGACGAGACGGAUCGAAUUGUUAUACUUUUAUGCUGAAAAUCGAACAUGUUGGUAACGUCGGAUUAUACCUUAAAAAUAAAGCAGAAAAAAUCGCACUGAAGGCGCAUCGAAAGAAAAAUGAAAUUGGAAAAGAAACUUCAGGUUAUCAACCACGACCGUUCCAACCGGAAUGACGUCAUCGGACGCGCUCUCCUGAACAUGGAAGACGCUCAUGUCGUCGAGGUGCUGGAAAAUCCAGGCCGCCAGGUUGCCCAAUGGCAUCACCUCGAUUGA